AUGGCUUCCAAUAAACUCGUCUUUCUUAUCUUUGUUAUUACCUUGUUGAACUUCCCAACCACUAAAGCACAGAACCAGGACAGGGUUUAUUUUGAGUACCAAAAAUGCAGUGCAAACAGAACAUCUUCUACCAGCAUCUAUCAGAAGAACUUGAUAACCCUUUUCUCUUCCUUCACUUCCAGCGCAUCUGCUAAGUUAUUCUACAACACCACCAUCCUCAGCAGCAACAAUACGGUGUAUGGUUUGUUCAUGUGUAGGGGUGACAUACCCUUACGCCUGUGCAAACAAUGCGUGGCCAACGCAACCGAGAAGUUAUCAACAGAAACAGAUUGUAACAACUCCGUAGAGGCUGUGAUGUCGUACGCUGAAUGCAAGCUUCGGUAUUCCAAUGUGCCCUUCUUCUCCGUCGUGGCCACGUCUCCAGAACAUCGUCUUGUCAGCCUUAAGGAUGUCUCCACCAACUCCACAAUCAGCUUCAUGAACUUCUUGCACAACGCAAUGAACCGAACUGCAGAAGCAGCAGCGGUUUCGGAUGCGAGGUUCUCGACAAAGGAAACGAACUUGUCCCAUUCUGAGACCGUUUACACUCUCGCUCAGUGUACCCAGGAUUUGUCACCGGAAAACUGCAGAACUUGCCUUGCAGAAGCAAUAGAGGAUCUUCCAACGUGUUGUGAUGGAAAACAAGGAGCGAGAGUUGUGUUUCCGAGUUGUAACAUUUGGUAUGAGAUGUACCCUUUCUAUGGUCUUAUCACUGAUAAUCCACCGGAAAGACUCGCUCCAUCAUCAGGUUUUCCUUCUUAG